GUCCGCCCAGCCCUUGGUGGCACGGCUUUCCUUCGAUUACUUACACCUUAAAUAUUUCUUCUUCCCGCCGACCACUGCUUGCCACUCUUACCACGCCAUGACUCAUUCGUACAUGAAGUUGAGUCCGCCGUCCACGCCAUCGAGCACAGAGAGCCUGCUGGAGCACUCCAAUGGCUCACACCGCGUGAGAUACCGUGGGGCAGGGCCGCUCUCGUCCUACGACUUUGCGCUCGAGACGACCCGGCAAAACGUUGACGUCUCGCUCGUCCUGCCCCACUUCCGAGCACGCAAUCAGCCGCUCGACCACAGGCUCAGCAUGCUCGUGGCAAACCACGGGCCCGAUCCUAUCAAAGCCAAAGUCUGCAGGAACUUCACGACGGCGCGGUCGACGCGGUUCCACCUCGAGGUCUACUCGUCCUCGAGCGCCGACAUCACCGUCUGGCUGCCGUCCGACUUCAAGGGGCACAUCCACCGCUCCGCCAACUGCAAGCGCGUCCGCUUCUCGGCCGGCUUCACGAACCGCAUCAUGGGCAACGUGCAGCUCACGCAGUCCCGCCGCCCGUCGAUCGUGUCCGGGCUCGCGAGCCCAGACCAGCCCUACUCGGACAUCUACAUCAGCAACUCGGAGCCGUACCACGACGAGGACAAGUGGUACGGCGGCGCCGUCGAGGAAGACGAGGUCGUCGUCCACACCUCGGGCCACGUGACGUUCCGCAUGUGGGACAUCGACCGCGGCGAGCCCGAGGUGCGGGCGAAGGAGGCGUGCAAGCGGAUGUUCGGCUUCGGCUGGUGCGCGAAGCGCACGCCAGAGGUCGCCAUCGACUGGGACUUCCUGCUCGAUGACCAGUAGUAGCCCUUGUUCCCCCCAUCUCUCUCUCUUUCUGCUCCCGCCCACGCUCCCGUCGACUCCUCCGGACUUGCUGUCGUCAUGCUGUCGCUCCUUCUCGCUCAACCCUGCAUUCCCCGCAUAUACCUGCUGCAUAUCUGUAUCAUCAAGCAUCCCAUAGAACAGUCCUCGCCCGUUAUUCUCGCACACCUACCCCUAUGUAGCCAUAGCACUACUUACUGUCUUGUACACUGGAUAGUAUUAUGUUACCGUACUACCGUUAUUCCAUGCGUAAGCUCUGUUUAUGUCGGAGCAAUUCA